AUGACCAGCUCUGUUGGCAGCACCGCGACCUUCCGGCUGCCUCCCACCACAACGGUGCCGGUUGUUCGGGCAGGCUCUGGGUGGAAUAGUAAUGUGGCAGCUGCAGCUGGCAGCGGGGCCUGCUGGGGACGGCAGCUGGGACAUGGCCACCACCGCUGCCACCACGGCCACCGUGCCCCCUGCCACCCCGAGCGACACGGCACCGGCUGCAACGGCACCCCCCUUAGUGAGCUCUCCUGGUCCUCCUCGCUGGCUGUCGUGGCUGUUUCCUUCUCGGGGCUCUUCACCUUCAUCUUCCUCAUGUUGGCCUGUCUGUGCUGCAAGAAGGGGGACAUCGGCUUCAAGGAGUUUGAGAACGCCGAGGGGGACGACUACGUGACGGAGCUGUCGGCCCAGGGCUCGCCUGCCCCCCAGCAUGGCCCCGAGGUCUAUGUGCUGCCCCUCACCAAGGUGUCCCUGCCCAUGGCCAAGCAGCCAGGGCGCUCAGUGCAGCUCCUCAAGUCGGCAGACCUGGGGCGGCAGAGCCUCCUGUACCUGAAGGAGAUCGGGCAUGGCUGGUUUGGCAAGGUGUUCCUGGGGGAAGUGAACUCGGGCAUCAGCAGCACCCAAGUGGUGGUGAAGGAGCUGAAGGCGAGUGCCAGCGUGCAGGACCAGAUGCAGUUCCUGGAGGAAGCGCAGCCCUACAGAGCCCUCCAGCACACCAACCUGCUGCAGUGCCUGGCCCAGUGUGCCGAGGUCACGCCGUACCUGCUGGUGAUGGAGUUCUGCCCGCUGGGUGACCUGAAGGGGUACCUGCGGAGCUGCCGGGGGGCUGAGGCCAUGACCCCGGACCUGCUGACCCUGCAGAGGAUGGCAUGUGAGGUGGCCUGCGGCGUCCUGCACCUGCACAGGAACAACUACAUCCACAGCGACCUGGCUCUGCGGAACUGCCUCCUCACCGCCGACCUCACCGUCAAGAUCGGGGACUACGGGCUCUCGCACUGCAAGUACAAAGUAAGGCUGGUUGGAGGGAGGAGGGGCUGGGGGCUGCGCACCGGGACCCCCGGGGCACCCACACGUACACCACCCUGGCACAUAUCGUGCUGA